UGUCCCUAUCAGACAGACUGGAGGCAUGUGAAGAGGGAGAGUUUGAGAAUGGUGGUGAUGUAAAAUGAGAAUUCUGAGGAGUGUUUGUGAGUGCAUUUGCAAUGGAUGUGGCCAAAGCUUGGAGAUAUAGUGGGGGAGUGUUUGUUUGGGGUUGUAAUAAUCUUAAUCUGGCUUUGGUUCAUCCGCAGAAGCAGCAGCAUUCAUGUUGGAGAUGGUCGUCUUCGUCGCAGACGAGGCGACCGAUCUCGUGGUCGGUGGUGUGUGGGAUAAUGCUGUUUGCUUUGGGUUUGAUUUCUCUGUUCACCGGACAUGUGGCUUCUGAUCUCGAGUGGUACUCUCACCGAUUAGUGAACAAGAGUUUGUUCCAUAAACUGGAUGGGGGUAGUCGUACACCAGUUGAUGUUUGGAAAUCACAACUUUCGAAGUUCUACUUUGGUUGCAGUGAAAGAAGUCGCCAUUUUGCUCCUGCUGUACGUGAGCGAUUGUCAAAUGGUUAUUUACUUAUAGCGACAAGUGGAGGGCUGAACCAACAAAGAACAGGAAUAACUGAUGCUGUUGUUGUUGCACGGAUUCUCAAUGCUACAUUAGUUGUACCUGAGUUGGAUCAUCAUUCAUUCUGGAAAGAUGAUAGUGAUUUUGUUGAUGUAUUCAAUGUUGAUUGGUUUAUUUCUUCCCUUGCAAAAGAUGUCACCAUAGUUAGAAGGGUCCCGGAUAAAGUCAUGAGAUCAAUGGAAAAGCCUCCAUAUACCAUGCGUGUGCCAAGGAAAUCUGAACCUGAAUAUUAUCUGGAUCAAGUGCUGCCUAUACUCUUGAGGAGACGUGUUGUUCAGUUGACAAAAUUCGAUUACAGGCUUGCUAAUAACCUUGAUGAAGGGCUACAAAAGUUACGUUGCCGAGUCAAUUAUCAUGCUUUAAGAUUUACAAAACCGAUACGGAAUCUUGGUCAGAGACUUGUCAUCCGAAUGCAGAAGAUGGCAAAACGUUUCAUUGCUGUUCACUUGAGGUUUGAACCUGAUAUGCUAGCAUUUUCUGGGUGUUACUAUGGUGGAGGUGACAGAGAGAGAUAUGAACUCGGUGAGAUAAGGAAACGAUGGGCGACAUUACCUGAGUUAAGCCCGGAUGAAGAAAGAAUGCGAGGAAAAUGCCCGCUUACACCUCAUGAAGUGGGUUUGAUGCUGCGAGCACUUGGCUUCAAAAAUGACACUUACCUUUAUGUUGCAUCUGGUGAAAUAUACGGCGGAGAAGAGACUCUGCAACCUCUCAGAGAGCUUUUUCCAAACUUUUACACUAAGGAGAUGCUUGCCAGUGGAGAAUUGAAACCUUUUCUUCCCUUCUCUUCUCGUCUUGCUGCCAUUGAUUACAUUGUUUGUGAUGAGAGUGAUGUCUUUGUCACUAAUAACAAUGGAAACAUGGCAAAGAUCCUUGCUGGUCGAAGGAGGUACAUGGGGCAUAAAAGGACCAUCAGACCAAAUGCGAAAAAGCUUAGUUCUUUGUUCAUGGCAAGAGAUAAGAUGGGCUGGGAUACAUUUGCUAAAAAGGUAAAAUCAUGCCAAAGAGGAUUCAUGGGAGAACCAGAAGAGACAAAAGCAGGACGGGGCGAGUUUAGUGAAUAUCCAGCUUCUUGCAUCUGCCGUAAACCAUUUAAGUACUCUUCUAUGGAGAACAAUCACGACAAUGAUCAGAACUCAGACAGAGUUCCCAUUGUCUCACAGGCAAACUCGGGAUAUAAACACAACAGCGAUGAUCAAGGUGAGAAGAAGUUGCAGAGUCCAGAAAAAACAAGAGCUGGAGAAGAACCAGUAGCUAUAGUAGAAAACACUGACAACGAUGAUUUUUUGUCCGACUAGGUAAAAGGAAACCCAGAAAUAGGCCGUCUUGAUUUGCUUCUUAUGCUUAUCCGAGUCAUGUUGACUCUGCUGUUUUAUCUCCAAGUGUGCUACCUUCAAUCGUGCCAAUUUUACUCAGCAUGUGAUUAGGUAGGGACGAGCCUUUUUACUCAGCGAGACACUAGGUAGGGGAGGUGGCAUCUAGCUUGUGCUUUAGAUAUGUAUGUUUGGGUUACUUGAUGAUGGACUAAUCUGGUGUAUAGCAAAUUUGUAACUUCUGAUGAACUGCUGUUGGUAUAUAUUUUUGAAGAAAAUGUAGUGAG